CCUCAAGGACAAGUUUUGGAACUUUCUGUUCUACAAGUUUAUAUUUGUAUUUGGUGUAAUGAAUGUACAGACAAUGGAGGAAGUUGUAUUGUGGGUGGCUUGGUUUACAGUGCUCGGUUUCUUUCAUCUACUUACACAGUUAGCAAAGGAUAGAUUUGAAUAUGUAUCAUUUUCUCCAACCACACCACAUUUCAUCCAUAUCAAGCUGCUGUCACUUUUGUGUGUAAUAGUUAUCUCAUGUUGUGGACUGUUAGCAGUAUGUACCAUGGUUGGACUUCAAAUGGGUCUUACAAUCUUUGCUUUUAUGGCUGCUGAGUGCAUGUUGUUAGCUAUAAGGACCCUCUAUGUGGUUGCAAGGUAUUGCUUGCACCUGAUAGACAUGAAUUUAGAGGGUGUUUGGGAGAACAGAGCUACUUAUGUGUACUACACAGAACUCAUCUUUGAACUUGCUGCUCUCUCCAUAGACUUUGGACAUCAUUUACAUAUGCUGCUGUGGGGUAACAUAUUCCUGAGUAUGGCCAGUUUGGUGAUAUGUAUGCAACUGAGAUAUCUAUUCUACGAAUUCAAGAGGAGAAUCAAACGGCACAAGAACUACAGGAGAGUCGUGAAAAAUAUGGAAGAGAGAUUCAGUAUGGCUACCCCGGAGGAGCUGAACAGCAAUGAUGAUGAUUGUGCUGUAUGCUGGGAGAAAAUGGAAACAGCGAGAAAGUUACCAUGUGGUCAUCUCUUCCACAAUUCCUGUUUGAGGUCAUGGUUAGAGCAGGACACUUCCUGUCCCACUUGUCGACUGUCUCUGAAUGAACGACCCACUGGUGUUGAUCCGAAUGGUAACAUACCCGACAGGCCAGUCCAUGAUCAUGCCAAUAUUCCUCCUGCAAAUCAACCUGGCAACAUGAUGACCAACCACUUCUUCCAUUUUGAUGGAUCACGAUAUGUGAGUUGGUUGCCAAGUUUUUCAGUGGAAGUUACACAUACCAACAUGCUUGCAAACAACAGACCUACACCAGCACAGACUUCACAACUAGAUAAUAUGGCACGGCAAGUUUUACAGGUGUUUCCACAUAUGCCAUUGAAUGUAGUAAUGGAUGACCUUCGUGUUACAAGAUCUGUUGACUUUACUAUUGAAAACAUUUUGGAAGGCAGACUUCAGGCACCACCUCCUGGAAGUAUGAUUUCGCGAGCACUUGAAGAUGAAGAUUCCCAUUCUGAUGAUUCAGAAAAUUACCAGAUUGGAUCAGCCAGACCUGAUAGUAUGGAUCCUUCAGUUGAUUUCACAGAAUAUUUUGCCAUUCCAAAUGAAAUGGGGGACAACAAUUCAUUAGAUACAUCCGACAGAAGUGAAAGUCUGGCACAGUUUAGCGGAAGGUUCUCAAAAUCAGCAAAUGAAAGAGAGUCAAUGUUGGAGGACAGAAAAAACAGAAUGUUGGAGCAAGCCAGAAGACGAUUCUUAGCCAAUGAUAACAGCUCUGCAGAUUCUAGUGAACAAACAGUUUCUAACACACAAACAGACACUUUAGAUUCAGUUACAAAUCAGUCUAGUUCAGGUGCUUUACAUACUAAUGGUCCUUCUGGUGACAGCUUGCGACAGCGUCGAGAACUUGCUUACAUGGCGGCAGCACGGCGUCAGCAAGAAGGCAGAUCAGAUACCUGAAUAGUGUGUUGCCACAGACAUAUGCUGUUUACCUAAUUCAUGUAUCAAAGACAAUUAAAUGGCUUUCAACACUACUGGAUAGUGUUGGCUUAUAAUACGGAUUUGUGCCUUUACCAGUGUAGAGUUUCCAGAAAAAAUGAAGUGAAAAUUUUCCAUGUGAUUUAUUUCAGAACAUUCCCAUUUGUUAGUACUUGGAACUAACCAAUCUAUUAUUGAUUCACUGUUCCAUGGUCUUGGUUUUGUUUUACAGCAACAAACAGAGCGCUAGAUCUAAAAGCUAGUAUAACAUAUAUUUACUAAUAGGUUGGAAUAAUAAAAUUGAAGCUUUGGUGUUAAGGAUUAGAGGAAAUUUCCGCUUUUCUUGCUCAAGAAUAGCUUUUUUCUGCGGAUGGUGUUAAGGUAAUGGACCAUUAGUUAGAAUUGCGAAUUUUCUGUCGAUUUUUGCAUUCACUGCUUUUUACAGAGAGCCAUAUAUCAGGGCUUGAGCUAGGGGGCGACUCGAGCGAAAUAGUCCCUCUGGAGCUCCCCACUUCGCUUUUAUCCAACAUCAAAGCGAAAUUCAAGUCGCCCGCUUUUUUAUCAUUACCCAUUAUUAUUAUCGGCCUGCUGACUAUUUGCAAGUUGUCAACCGGACACAAUACACAAUGGCAUAAUUUAAGCUCCGCCUACUUCCAAUAAAUGAGAAACUUUCUCCGAGAAGUGUGAAGGCGGUGUUACGUCACUUUGCAUAGUUAAACUUAGCAGUAGGGAUUGAUGUUACAUUAACUUAUAUUUCUCUUUUGUGCUUUAAAAAGUACCUUACCUCGAAUAAUUUCUUUAAAUCCACUUAAUUUACUCGUAUUUUUAAAACACUAUCAAACAUACAGAUUUAGACACGUACUUGCUGUGACAGAAAUAACUUUACUGAAAUUCACGCACAUAUUGACACUAACAUUGACAGCUGCAUCAGAAACUGGGUUAAACCUGUUGGACAACUUUUUUUCUUCUGAUAUAUGCCGACAUUAGCAAGAUCAAAGAAACAUGUUUAUUCCAUGAUGUGACAUCACUGCUGUUGACAAGUAUUUAAUUCAGGGCCUGUGCAAUACAUAUGUAGUGUUAUUAAAAGGACUGUGAAAUGCUUUUAUGGGUUUUAGUGAUUUAACUUUUUAUGCAGUUAGCACUGGAAGCUUGAUUUCUUUUUUUUUAUUUUGUUGUUAAUUUAAUACUUUAAAUGAAUAGACUUAACAAAGACAGGAAAUUAUAAAGGUACAGUUAAAAGUAUAUUUAGUUCCUUUUUUGUCUGGCAUGUCAUUGCACAAUAUCUCUCCACUUCUCCCUAAUUUUACCUGAAGGAGAAGUGACUUCUUCCUAAAAUCUAAGCCUAGCUUAAGCCCAGAUAUUAAGCUUCUCUUACGUAUGUUGAGAUUUCAGAAGUGCUGAAUGAGAAUACAUAAUUGCAUGAAAACUGUCGAGUGUCAUUACAGGUCCACUACCUUAGUAUGAAGUUUCCUCUGUUAGCAGUAGUCAUUAUUUGAGCCGCACAAUGAGAUAACCAACAUAGUGCGUUUGCCACCAGCAUGGAUCCAGACCAGCCUGGUCAGGAUACGUGCUGUUCACUUUCAAAGCCUAUUGUAAUUAAAGAAACUGUUAGCGAACAGCAUGGUUCCUAACCAGACUGCGCAAGCUGGUCUGGAUCCAUGCUGGUCGCAAACGCACUAUGUUGGUUUUCUCAUGACGCGUCUCAUUUAUUUUCUCCUUUUGUUAGAGCUAAGUCAGAACAUUAUCACAGACUGGUUAUUUUCAAACUUAAAACAUUAUGUACAUAAAACCAUAAAUGGUGUUUGGAAAAGGUUAGUGCAAUAUUACAGAGUACAGUUAAUACAUGUUGAAAAAGUUUAAUUAACGAGAGUUUUGUUAUUUUCACUUAAGAUGUUGUAUAAACUUGAACUUACAUGUAUUUAUUGUAAAUAAGUGCUUGUUAUUAUUAAAAUUUGCCAGUGAUGUAAAUUUUUAUGUAUUUUACGAGUGAAUUACACAUGUAUUUAUUAAGCUGCUGUAAGUACAUUAUUUUGUUGAUUUGACUAAACAAUAAUCAUUUAUAUUCAUCAAUUCAUUUCAUGUUCUCUAUUACGGUACUGUGCAUGACUUUCUUUAUCUUGCCUUUAACAAGUUUCUAGAAUUUCUAUUGGUCAAGGGACGUCACAUGCUAACCUGAUAAAUGUGAUAUGGACUACUCAGAUUAUACCAAGUAAAGGACAGACUACAAGAUAAAAACAUUUUGAUAUGUUGUGACUUGAUAUAGGAUACAGGAUAUAGGCUGUCUCGAAAAUCCAUAUUGGGCGAAACUUUUGCCAUUUUGAAUUUAUGGAUGUUGAAUUUUGAAGAUAAAAUUAAUAGGUUUUGUUCGUUAUGAUUUAAUUUCUUUGACUGGCACAACCACAAAUCCACAAAAAUUAAUCCCUCACUGAUAUUAAAACCUUCAUAGUAAUUUGCAUUACUUUGAAUUUAACACUCUAGAUGCUUCUUGAAAAAAAAAAAAUCCUGCAUGCGUGCAUUCAUGCACAGGUAUGAAAUCUCAAA